AGAUGGUGGUCAACCUACUAAUGGCUAUUUUACUGACUGUGGAGGUGACUCAUCCAAAUUCCAUGCCAGCUGUCAACAUUCAGUACGAAGUCAUUGGUAAUUACUAUUCAUCUGAGAGAAUGGCUGAUAAUGCCUGUGUUCUUUUUGCCAUCUCUGUUCUUAUGUUUAUAAUCAGUUCAAUGCUGGUUUAUGGAGCAAUUUCUUAUCAAGUGGGCUGGCUGAUUCCAUUCUUCUGCUACCAGCUUUUUGCCUCUGUUCUCAGCUGUCUGGUGGCCAUCAGUUCUCUCACUUAUUUGCCAAGAAUCAAGGAAUAUCUGGAUCAGCUACCUGAUUUCCCCCACAAAGAUGACCUCCUGACGCUGGACUCCAGCUGCCUCCUGUUCAUUGUUCUUGUGUUCUUUGUGGUCUUCAUCAUGUUUAAGGCUUACCUAAUCAAUUGUGUUUGGAACUGCUACAAAUACAUCAACAACAGAAAUGUAUCAGAGAUUUGCCGUGUACCCUGCCUUUGAAGUGC